UCUCUCUCUCUCUCCCUCCCUCGGCCGCCUUCCUUCUUUCCAAGCGGCGACGACAGGGGAGGGGAGUGGCGACCUAGCGCCGCCCCCAUGUCCUAUACUGGGUCCGCCCCUGCCUCCUCGUCCCUCUAUUGGAAGGGGAUGGAGUCGAGUGGGGAUCCACCUAUACUGGCUGGAGCCCAGAGUGCGUGGGAUAUGCUCUCUGAUGAGCAGUCACAGAAACAUAUUACUACUGGUUCUGGUGACCUCAACAACAUACUUGGUGGUGGGAUUCACUGCAAAGAAGUCACAGAGAUAGGUGGUGUCCCAGGGGUUGGUAAAACUCAACUGGGGAUUCAGCUAGCAAUCAAUGUCCAAAUCCCAGUGGAAUAUGGUGGUCUUGGUGGGAAAGCAGUUUAUAUUGACACGGAGGGCAGUUUCAUGGUUGAACGUGUCUAUCAGAUUGCUGAAGGGUGUAUCAGCGACAUACUGGAGCACUUUCCGCACAGCCAUGAGAAGUCUUCUUCUGGCCAAAAACAGCUGCAGCCUGAGCAUUUCCUUGCAGACAUCUUUUACUUCCGAAUAUGCAGCUAUACAGAACAGACUGCUGCUAUAAACUACCUGGAAAAAUUCCUCGGGGAGCAUAAAGAUGUGCGUAUAGUUAUUAUUGAUAGUGUCACUUUCCACUUUCGACAAGAUUUUGAUGAUAUGGCUCUGCGGACCAGAGUGCUUAGUGGAUUGUCAUUGAAGUUAAUGAAGAUUGCAAAGACAUACAACUUGGCGGUUGUCUUGUUGAACCAAGUCACUACUAAAUUUACAGAAGGAUCAUUUCAAUUGACUCUUGCUCUAGGUGACAGCUGGUCCCACUCGUGCACAAAUCGACUGAUUCUGUACUGGAAUGGGAAUGAUCGGUAUGCAUACCUGGACAAAUCUCCUUCACUUCCAGUAGCUUCAGCUCCAUAUGCAGUGACAGGCAAAGGGGUGAGGGAUGCUGUGAGUUCGAAUCACAAGAGAGUCCGAGUAACGUAGCAAACUUGGUGCCCAACUCCUGCAUGUCCAGUUCUCCACUAUGCACUUGCUGCUAAAUUAACUGCGUUUCCUUUACCGUGGAUCUUUUGGACAGAUUAGGUGAUUGGCGGAUAUUGGUAGAGAAUCCUAUCAUUUUGCAAAGUCUCGAUUGCUGUUUGAUGUAAACCAAAAAUUGAUUGACCCAUCGUUAACUCAAUUACAUUAUCACCUCUCGCGUGUCAGAAACGCAUACUACCUGCUCUUU